AUGGCAAGAGCAGCGCUGCGACUAGGUCAUGGAGGUGGUCCCGUGUGUUCCAGUGCCAAGUGCGUCGAGCAGUCCAUGCUGCUGCGGAGCUACCUGGAUCUGAGGGAAGACCCCUGUCAGGACUUCAUGAAGGUCGCUUGCAGCAAGGAGAAGAAGCGGCGCUUCGCAGAGCGCAAAGUCAGCUCGGAGUUUGACGCCUACGUGAUGGCCACCGAGGCCAAGCUGCGUUGGAUAGACCAGGAGCUGGUGACGGCCGAGACCAUGGGCAGCCGCAUGGAGCCACUGCUCUCCGCGGUCAAAGAGGCCUAUGAGGCCUGCAUGUUGCAGACGAGCGUCUCAGACGCUGACCUCUACCCCUCGGCCAGGGCCUUCCUGGCGCACGGAUUGCCUCUCAGCCGCGAAGAGCUGAUCCUGCAGAGCGGCUUCGCGCGCAUCGCGCCCAAAGAGGACCUGGAGAUUUGGGGUGUUCUGAUGACGCCCCUCUUCGCGCUGGGCGUCUUCAUGGAACCCGGAAGGCCCUCCCGGGGCCUGCAGCUCUUCUUCCUCCCAGCCGCCUGCCCCGAGCUGGGCACGUCGCUGGAGAGUCUGGGCUUCUUCCAGGGCCUGGAGUCCGACGGAGAGGCGAUCUUUGGGCACCGGCUCCAGGAGAUGAGCCAAGCCUUCGAGCAAUGGCUCAAGCCGCUGAUCUUCAAUCGGUCCUGCAAGGAGAUCUUCAACGAGGUAGUUCAAGCCGGGCACUUCGAUGAGUGGCGCCAGGUACCGCUUGCGGCGCUGCAAGACACCCUCGACGCGCACGCGGAAGGCGGCGCAAGCGUGGCUUUGCAGCUUUCGCAGGUUCUGCGACAGGCGGGGGUGCCUGACACCGCCCAACUACAAGUGCUAAAUUACGCUGGGAACUUCAGCGUGGCUCGGUGGGCCCAGCAGAUGGCGGCAUUCUUCGCGCGCGCAGAGGCGCAUGAUGCCUUGCGGUUCUCUCGAAUGACGACAUGGCUACACUUGACAGCUCCAACGAGGACCUGUUUAGAGCAGGUGGUGGCGGAUUUCCCGUGGCUACGGGCCCGGAAGUUUGUGGACGCCGUCUUGUCGCCUGAAGCCCGGGACGAGGCGGAGGAAGUUGCCUGGCAGAUCGCCGCGACCUUUGCGGAGAGUCUGCGGAGCUCGUGGCUGGACGCGGAGACCUCGAAGGCCGCGCUGCGGAAGCUGCGGCAGAUCAGGCUUAAGAUCGGCUACCCGCAGUGGAUCAAGGACGAUUCUUUCCUGCUGCAGCGCUAUGCAUAUUCCCUCGGCUUCAAGCGCGAGAUGGGAUAUGCCUGGAUCCGGCAACUCACUGCGCUGGGCAAGUUCCGACAGAUCGCCGGCAGCAUCGGCUCCCCCCGAGAUUGGGCCAACUUCUGGCGGACCACUCCGGACAGGAUCAACGCAGAGUACAACCCUGCGUCCAACGACAUGAUCUUCAUGGCUGGCUACAUGCUGCCGCCCUUCUAUGAUCCCAACGCUCCGAUGUCCUUCAUUUUUGCCACCUUCGGUGCCAUUGUCGCCCACGAGCUCACCCAUGCCUUCGACAACCACGGGGCGCUUCGGAACGAGUGGGGCGACCUGGAGAACUGGUGGAGCAAGUCCUGCGAGGAGAAGUUCCAACAGCAAGAGGCCUGCUUCAAGGAGGAGUUCUCCUCCAUCCCAGUGUAUGGGGAUCUCCCCUCCGGGGAGCGGGAUUCUUCUGGCCCAGUCUUCGACGACGGGGGCAAGUGCUUGGGCGAGAACAUCGCCGAUGCAGGCGGCCUGAACCUGGCCUUCUUGGCCUACCGCCGCUGGUCGCAGCUCCACGGCCCCGAGCCGCAGCUCCAUGGCCUCGAGGGCCUCGGCGGGGAGCAGCUCUUCUUCCUGCGCUUCGCGGCGCGGCGCUGCGGCUAUGAGAGAAGGUCUCAGCUGGAGCGGCACAUGAAGAGUUGGGAGCCCCACGCCCUGAGCGAGGUCCGCGCCCUGGGCCCGCUGCGGAACUCCAGGCUCUUCUCGGAGGUGUUCCAGUGCCGCGCAGGCACCUGGAUGAACCCCAAGCAGAAGUGCGAGCUCUGGGGCGUGGCCAAGGCCCAACGCCAAGGUCCACCCCUCUGGAUGUUGGGCAUCCUCCUCUUUGGCCUUGUGCUGGCCCUGGCAUGCGUUCUUCGGUGGCGGAAAGCAAAGCCCACGGAGACGGCAAGGGACAUGACUCUGGAACUGGCUGCGAUGUGA